AUGGCCGACUUGCCGAAGGAUCGUGUGAAUGCGUCGUACGUUUUUGCAGUCACCGGUGUAGAUUUUUGUGGUCCGUUCUUUUAUAAGAGUGAGGUGCGGACCAGACCACCCAUCAAAUGCUACAUAUGCCUCUUCAUAUGCUUUGCCACCAAGGCCGUUCACUUGGAGCUUGUGCAGGAUCUAUCGAUGCCAGCGUUCAUAAGCGCUCUAAAGCGAUUCAUUUUAACUCGCGGUCGGCCCAGGAAAAUUUGGUCCGAUAACGCAACCAACUUUGUGGGAGCAAAGAACGAGUUGGCAGAGUUGAAGAAGCUGUUCCUGGCAGAAAGGCAUAUGAAGGAAGUUCAGGAGUUUUGCGUUGCGGAUCAUAUUGACUGGCGGUUUAUUCCCCCUCGCUCUCCCCACUUUGGCGGACUCUGGGAGGCUGCGGUUAAAACAGCCAAACAUCAUUUCUACCGUUCCGCUUCCAGCUCCUUGCUGUGCUUUGAUGACCUGAGAACGCUUGUGUGCCAUAUCACUGCCAUAAUAAACUCAAGGCCAUUGCUUCCCAUUUCAGAGCAUCCUGACGAUUUAGACAUGCUAACACCUGCGCAUUUCUUAGGUACUGCUCCAAUCCGUACCUUCGCAGAACCAGAUGUGACCGGACUCAACUUCAAUCGUCUUGAUCGCUGGCAGCAGGUCAACUUCCUGCAGCAGACUUUCUGGUCCCGCUGGCGAGAGGAGUACCUCACGCUUCUGCAGGAGAGGGCAAAAUGGAGGACUGAGCAGCCUAACCUCAGCGUCGGCGACGUGGUCCUCGUAAAGAACGAGAACUUGCCUCCACUUAAGUGGCCGCUGGGAAGGGUGACGAAACUGAUCGCCGGCAGAGAUGGCGUUUCCAGGUCCACUACGGGUCCGCCUGUUGCUAACUCCUGCCCAUACUAUUCCCACUAG